GUCAUGUCUCUGUCAUCAGUUGAUAGUGCUGUGUGUUUAUCUUCUCUCCCUUUCUGUUGCUCACUCACUGUAGCAACGGGAAAGACAAGGACAGUAACUCUAAACGCUAUAUUUUCGAACGCAGAAGUAUGGUGCAACAUUUGCUACGAGAAAUAUAGCAGUCAAAACGGUGGACGAUGGGCCAUAGCAGAAGCUUUUGGAAAGCAUGAAUGCGUGCUGACUGAAAUCUUUGCUAAAAUUGAUCAAUGAAUUUGAACGCUAAGCCCAUGAAGGCACGAAGUACUUUCAAUAACUUUCGAUCGUUUCCUAUUUUCAAUGAAAAGGAGAUACUUGUUGAGCUUCUCUUACCUAGGAAAUCAUUUCCAAAGCUGCUCGAGAGAUGGUAAUAAUCUUUCCUCUGUUGUUGGAGCACUGGAAGACCGUUUGCAACGCCUCAAAAACACAUCUCUUGCUUCGAAUGUAGUCGUUUCUAGCAGAACAGAUCGAGGGGUGCAUGCCAUUCAAAAUACUGCUCAUGUUGAUCUUCUAACUGAUCGUGAACUUAGCUUAACGAAUGUUUUGAAUGUAUUAAAUAAAUUUUAUAGAAAGAACAACAUUGGUCUCAGGGUUUCUGCUAUACGCCAAGUUGCAGAUGAUUUUAAUGCUCGUAAAUUUGCGAGGUUUCGUACUUACCUGUACAGAAUAGCUGUGCCAAAGUACAACUUUGAUUGCAUAGAUCCAUACACUCCAAUUUCUGAAGUAACACGUUGUUAUUUCCUCAGGAAGCCUGGCUUCGACAUAGAUGCAGUCCAAAAGGGAUUGUCACUUCUCAUUGGGACCCACAACUUCCUCUCUUUCACUGGAAAACCAUCAAAACAAACACUUGUGAGGACUCCCAUACGCAGAAUUUUCUCUUUCACAAUUAACCAAGGAGCUCCAUUAAUGUGUGAUCUUCAUGAGCCAUUCUCAAACAAUUUUGAUUAUUGGGAUUUCAUUGUUGAAGGGCGGUCAUUUAAUUACCGACAGGUUCGUCGCAUGAUCGGCGCUCUAGUAGCAGUUGGUCAAGGGAAGUUCUCAUGCAAUGGCUUGCAAAGAAUGCUUGACUUAGAAGUACAAAGUGAUGAAUGGAUAAUGUCCAUCAUUGCUCCAGCCUGUGGCCUUUAUUUAAUGAAGGUUACCUAUAAUGAAGACGAUUUGGCUGUUAAUAGGAAACAAAAGCAGUGCAUUCAAGAAUACUCAAACCUUAUGUUUCUUUUGAAACAGCGGGAGCUGUGCCUGAAAGUCUAA